AUGUCUUUAUACCCGAGUAGCUCGCGCAAAAUAGAAACACCUCCUGUUGGAAUAACUGAAUUUGAAAUUCUAAAAGCAUCCCACAGAUUUUUAAGAGACGAAGAUGAGAAACCUUCAACAUGGGACGAGAAACUCGCGGAGAAGUACUACUCGAACCUAUACCGUGAGUUCGCCGUGUGCGAUUUGAAGCACUACAAGUCCGGCAAUUUUGCACUUCGAUGGCGCACCGAAGAUGAGGUGCUCUCAGGCUAUGGAGAAACAACCUGUGGCAAUACUCGGUGCACCCGCCAUUUUAAAGCCGACGACAAUUCUCCCCUCACCACGCUGGAACUCCCGUUUGCGUACGCGGAGCAUGGGGAGACAAAGUCUGCACUAGUCAAAGUCGUGCUGUGUUCAAAGUGUGUGAAAAAGUUGAUGUGGAAGAGGCUGCAGGAAAAGGAGAAGGCACAAAAUGGAAAGGGUAAAGAGAAGGAGCAGGGCCUAGAGGACGGUCAGGAGACAGCGGAAGCUGAGAGAAGCACACAAGAGGGUGAAAGGUCCGUGCGUGAUAUCAAAAAAGAGGACGAUGGUCAGGAGAAAAGUGACUUUACGCGUCAUUCUGACUCGGAAGAGCGAAGAAAAAAGAAGAGGUCGCGGCCUCACGACGAGGAGGGCCGCUUCGAAGAAAAUGAUAGUAAACGCACCCGACGCCAUGGCCAUAGGUCAUCUCGAAGAGAAUCCCGAUCUCGAUCCCCACAACGUCCAAGUCAUAACAGGAGUCAUACUGAAAGAAAAGAAAAGUCCAGUCAUAAAACUGGUCGUUCCUCAUCAUAA